CCAGUAAAGCCCACCCACCACCCAUCAUUCCCUCAUCCACUCCCACUGGAGCGAGAAACACGACUCCUCCGCAGCAGCUCCUGAAACCCCCAGCACGGGGCCAGCAGGACUCUUUGUCUCCAUUUCUCAUUGAUUUCUCGUUGAGUUCAGCAUGGAGAGUCUGACACAUCCACGCAAACUCACGAGUAACUCCUGAACGGUGCGCGACAAGAAAACUGGAUUUUAUAACAACGCGCAACAUUUUAACUCAUACGGACAUUUGAGUCUUUCAUUUAUCACCGUCGUGUUUUUUCCCCGACUUCAAACAUGGAUUUAUGGACGAAGAGACACGAAUGCAAACUUCACAACAGCGUCUUCUUAGUGUUUACUCUCAUCAGUGAAGUGAUCUACGUGCAGUCCUCCUCUCUCCUAUUCAUCAAGGUGCCAAAAUCCCAAGAUGCCCUGCACGGACGCAGCGCUAUGCUGCGGUGCGAGGUGAGCGAUCCUCAAGGCGUGGUCUACACGUGGAUUCACAACGGCGAGACGGUCACUAACACGGAGCGACGCUUUUUGGAAAAGGGAAAUCUGAAAUUCACAGCCAUUGACAGAAUACUAGACUCUGGAAAAUUUCAAUGCGUUGCCUUAAUAAGCUCGACUGGUGAAAAGAAAAGCACAGAUGAAGCCUCGUUCAACAUCAAAUGGUUGGAAAGUGGCGCAGUGAUCCUGAAGAGUCCGGAAUCAGAGGCAGAGAUUCCAAGCUCCUCACAAGUUGUAUUAAGGUGCAAUAUAGAUGGACAUCCACGGCCAACCAAUCGCUGGUAUAAAGAUGGAACCUUACUAACAGACAAGAACAACCAAAUAAACAGCAAAGAUCGAACACUUACACUACCGGACGUCAGUCCUGAUUAUAACGGACUGUACCACUGCUGUGCCAAAAACGCUGCCGGCCAAGUGUGCAGUACAGAUAACUUUACACUCAAUAUUAUAGAUAAGAGUUUCCCUCAGCCAGUGGUGAAGCCGGAGAGUUUAGUGGUCUUGAGGAAUGAGGAAGCGCUCUUCCACUGUCAGUUCACAGCUGAACCACAACCCACCGUCACAUGGUACCACGAAGAUGAGCAAGUGUCCAACAAAAGCCGUGUCUUUAUUCUGAACAAUGGCUCACUUCUUAUCACUCAGGUAAAGCAGCGAAGCACAGGCCUUUAUAAAUGUGUUGCUCAGGGACCCCGGGGACCACCGGUCUCUCUAGAAGCUACAUUGGUGUUAGCAGAAAUUGAGGACAUGAUACCCAAACAGUCUAAAGUGUUUACUGCAGACCAUUUUGAGCAGGCCACGUGCCGGCCGCCUCGUGGUCGUCCGGAUCCUGAGGUUUGGUGGGAACGUGCGGGGCAGAAUGUCUCAUCUAAGGGGCGAGUCUAUCAGGACGGCCUGGACUUGAUUUUCAGCCCAGCUCUCGGUGAAGACUCAGGAACUUACACGUGUUUUGCACAAAACAAGGCGGGCCAGAAGAAACAAGAGCUGACUGUCACUGUGGCCACAAGGCCAGAGUGGAUUGAGAAACCGGUGGACAGUCAACUUGAAGAGGGGCGCGCUGGUUACCUGCACUGCCACACUCGAGCCACACCCGAACCUGAGGUCACGUGGUACCGAAAUUUCCUGCAAAUCAAUACAGAGGACGCCCGGUUUAAGCUUUUCUCCAAUGGAACCCUGCGCAUUAAUAAUGUGGAGGUUUAUGACGGACAUGUGUACAAAUGUCUGAGCCGAAAUCAAGCAGGAUGGAUUGACGCUUCUGCACGAGUCUUUGUACUGGAGCGUCUGAAGUUCACACCGACACCUCAGCCGUAUCAGUGUGUGGAGUUCGAUAAAGAAGGGCAUCUGCAGUGUUCAGCUAAGGGUCGACAGACUCCCACCAUACGCUGGAUCAGAACAGACGGCAGUAAUUUCACAUCAAGCGUGGAGCAGCAGGGCGGCACGCUUAAUUUCACAACAGCGACACGGGCAGAUGCGGGAAACUACACUUGCAUCGCCUCCAAUAACCAGCAAGGAGAAAUCAGAGCUGUCGUCCAGCUUACCGUUGCAGUUUAUGUGGUGUUCGUACUCAAGCCGGAGAAUACCACAGUGUAUCAGGACCACACCGCCGUACUUCACUGCCAGGCCACUGGAGAUCCUCUCCCUUUUAUCCAGUGGAAGAAAAAAGACAAAUUUCUGGAGGGAGGCAGGAGCAGGUUUCAGAAGAUGCCCAAUGGCUCUCUGGUCAUUCAUGAUGUCAGCAUGGAGGACACAGGAAAGUACACGUGCAUCGCAGGAAACAGCUGUAACAUCGCGCACACAUCAGCUGAGCUCUAUGUCGUGGAAAAGCCGAUUCAAAACUCAUUGGCAGACGAAGAAAAGACUCCUUAUAAAAUGAUUCAGACUAUCGGGCUGUCGGUGGGGGCGGCAGUCGCGUACAUCAUCAUCGUGUUGGGUCUCAUGUUUUACUGCAAACAGAGACGUAAUUCUAAAAGACUUCAUAAAGGACAGGACGGAGAUGAGCGGGAGGUGGAGUGCCUGAACGGCGACGUACAACAAAACGGUCACACUACAGCAGAGAUUCAGGAGGAGGAGGUGGCACUCACCAACGUGGCCGGCAACAGCAAACGACACAGCAGCCACGACAAGUUACAUUUCCCCCGAAAUAACCUACACACCAUCACCACGCUGGGUAAAGGAGAGUUUGGUGAAAUCCUGUUGGCCAAGUUGAAGGCCGGUGAGGAUGAGGAGGAGACGGUAGUGCUGGUGAAGAGUCUGCAGACGCGCGACGAACAGAUCCAGGCUGAAUUUCGCCGUGAAUGUGACAUGUUUGCUAAGCUCAGUCACGUAAACGUCGCUCGACUGCUGGGCGUGUGCAGAGAAACAGAGCCGCACUACAUGAUCCUCGAGUACACUGACAUGGGUGAUUUGAAGCAGUACCUAAGAGUGUCAAAGACCAAAGACGACAAAGUCAAAGUUCAACCUCUCAGUACCAAACAGAAGGUGUCUAUAUGUCUUCAGGUUGCUCGAGGGAUGGAGCAUCUGUCCAACCAGCGAUUCGUCCACAAAGACCUGGCAGCACGUAACUGUCUGAUCUCAUCUAAACGUCAAGUGAAGGUGUCUGCUCUGGGCCUCAGUAAAGACGUCUAUAACAGUGAGUAUUAUCAUUAUCGUCAAUCUUGGAUUCCUCUGCGCUGGCUCCCGUCUGAAGCUGUCUGUGAAGAUGAUUUCUCCACUAAAACGGACGUCUGGUCUUUUGGAGUGCUCAUGUGGGAGGUGUUCAACUUUGGAGAAAUGCCGUAUGCUGAACUCACUGAUGACAAAGUCCUAGAAGGUCUGCAGGAAGGAAAGCUGAAGCCGUCUCCCCCACAGGGUUGUCCAUCUCGAGUGUUUAAACUUAUGGUGCGAUGCUGGGCUGCCAGCCCCAAAGACAGACUGUCUUUCAGUGACAUCGUCGCGGCCCUCGGCGAUCUGCCCUCUGAAAGCAAAGUGUGAAAGAGUCAAACAAUAGAGCCAUGAUAAAAUAAGCCUGAACACCAUCAAGUGUCGUGACUCGAAGACAAAAGACUUAUUUUUAACCCCUUUUUUCCUUAUUUGUUUAAUAUACAGUUUUAGGAGAUUAUUUUUUAAAAAAUUAGAAGGGUGGACGAUUCAGUUUUUAAUGGGGUUUGGACAAAUAGUUACCCCGUCACAUCUGUUCAAUUUGACUUUAUAAGAUAAAGUGCGUUUGUAAUAUCAAGCCAUGCGCUUUGCAGUUUUUUUAUUUCAGAAGGAUUGUCUCGGGAACCUCUUAAUUUGUUUAAAAGGUCCUGUUUUCAAUGUACAGAAAAGGUACUGUUUAUAUGACGUUUUAUAAUGUGUAUGUUUUAUAAGCCUUUUUAUAUAUAUAUAAUUCAGAAGUACUCGUACACAGUUGCGAUAAAGCUUAUAAAAUGACGUUGUCGUAAAUGUCAAGUGCCUGUAAAAUGAAGGAUGUCUUGUUUUCAGUAUGCUGUAUGUUACGACUUGGAAAUGCCUUGAAUGUUUUUUUUAUACAUUUUAUAGUGUUUUAUUGCUUACUAAGUGUUUUACAUUGCAGUUGCUAUCCACGCGUUACAAAUCAGUUUAUAUACCAAUUCUGAAGUAUUCUUAUUGUGAACAAAAGCUUCUGUUGCAUACUUUGCUAUCACAAUAAAAUCUCACUUUUGACAAAA